AUGAACAACUAUGAUUAUAUAAUUCUGGGAACAGGACCAGUUGAAACAAUAUUAAGCUGUAUAUUAGCAAAGAGAGGGAAAAAAGUUUUAGUUGUAGAUAGCAAUAAGAAUUAUGGUAGUGAAUUUGCUACAUAUGACUUACACCAACUUGAAGAUAAGUUAAAAAAGGGUUAUUUUAUAAAAUCAGUUACUAGAGAUAAAGAUAAAUUUAAUGAGUUAUUAACAACUAAGUCACACCAGUGGAAUAUAGAUAUGUGUCCUAAACUUUUGUUAUUAGAAUCAAACUUAAAAGAUUUACUUUUAGAGUAUGAAAUCGAUUCAUUAGUUGAAUUUUCACCAAUUGUGGCUUCUUAUAUAUUCAGUGAUCAGUUACAUCCAAUACCACGCAGUGAGAUAACUUCAAUAAAAAGUAACCUAAUUGGAUUUUUAGAGAAAGGUAGACUUAUUAGAUUUUUUUAUAAUAUAAGAUCAAUGACAGGUAAAUUAAGAGAUAAAACAAGUCAUAGAACUAUGAGAGAUGAAUUUGAAAAGUAUAAUUUAAGUACAAUUACAAGAAAUUUUAUAGGUCAUGCUAUAGCAAUGAAUACAAAUGAUGAUUAUUUAGAUCAACCGGCUUAUUAUACUUAUAAAAAAAUAAUUUCUUAUAUAAAAUCGGUAACUUCGUAUGAUUCAUCAGAAAGUCCAUUUGUAUAUCCAAAUUAUGGAUUAUGUGAUAUUUGUGAGGGUUUUGUUAGAAAAGCUAGUUUAAGUGGGGCUGUGUUUAUGUUAAAUAGUCAGUGUGAUAUAAAUGAAGGUAUUGUUAAGAUAAUUGAUGGAGAAAAUAAUACUUAUGAUGCCACUUAUAAAAAACUAAUAUUAAAUCCAAAUCAAUUAAAUAGAGAAAUUGAAACAAACAAUCAAAUUUACAUAGUUAUUUGUAUUUGCUUAAAAAAUUAUUUAUUCACCGGUUCUAGAAACAUUACUUUUUUAAGAAAUGAAGUAACUGAAAACGACAUAUUUUGUAUAAUACUUGAUCAGGUAACAAAAUCUUGUCCUGAUGGCUAUGAGAUAGUGAUACUAUCAACAAAAUCAUCUAAACCACAAGAUAUUAUUAUAAAUCAUUUUGAAAAUCAUAUUUUUAACAAAAUGAAAGUGAUAAAAGCUUAUUUUAAAGUGACAAAAACCUUUGUCGACGUGGAUACACAUAAAGAUGUUAUACUUACAAAAGGAUUAGAUGAAUCUCCUUUGAUGGAUACUAUUUACGAUGAAGUAAUACGUAUAAUAAAACUAAUAGAUCAAUAA